UUUCCUUUCUUUCUUUUUUUUCAGGAACUUCUAAUUGGUUGUGUCAUGAUGGCUGCAUCUGUGCCAGAUCCUGUCUAUGUUUUACGAGGAGCGAACAGUGGCAUUAAUACAUUGUGUUUUCAGUGUUCGAACCCAGAUCCGGAUUUUCCCAUUCUUUACUCAGGAUCUUCUAACGGGCUGAUCCAUAUCUGGAAUCUGAAGACGCGGCGAGUCUGUGGUAGCCUGAAUGGCCAUGGUGGAAAUUCAGUGUACUGUGUGAAAACAAUAUCCAAUAGAAAAAAUGGACUCCUUAGUCAGGGCCGUGACCAGAACAUCCACCUGUGGGACUUAUCCGAAGGAAGGAACGUCAUCACAGAAAGCCUUUCCACGGAGAACGUUGGGUUCUGCAAAUGUUCCCUCUCUGAGGUAACAGACAAACGGUCCCUCCUGGCCACCCCGUGGAAAGGGUUAGAAGAG